AAGCGUCGCGUAAGCUACUUUUACCGAUAGAUCCUUUUGUCCUUGUCGUUUUCUCCCUUGCUUUUGUCUCUAGGUUAGAUUGUACGCCGGGAAGAAAUGUACAACUGAUGUUAGUGAGGCUAGUGGAAAGGAAAACGAGAUUCUUUUUAUUAAAUGGACUGCUGUCACUUCCAGUUCUAGGCAUUCUAACAUCAGGCCUGAUUGGACAAAGCCAUCCUUGUUUUUGACAUCGUGCCCUUGGCUUGAAGUUCCAUACUUUCAACGCAGCAUACACGCUAUAAUGGAGUGUGUGGUAAAAGAAAUUUCCUACCAUAUUGUGGCAAAUCACAAGCAAGCCUGCAGCGACCUUGAGAAAGCCAGCCGAUUCAUCACAGAAGCAUUGCAAAGUGAGUUUCAGCGUAACAUGGCUCUAUGCAUGUUAAUCCACCGUCUGGAGAAGAGGACGGCUGAACAUGGAAGGACCCUAGUAUCGGAGCAGGUGGAGGCCAGCCGGCAGCUGAAGCUCCAGGUGGAUGAACUGCAGAAACAACUGGAAGACAAAGACAACUCACUAACACAAGCCAAGGAGAGUAUUGCUGUUCUGAAGAAUGAACUGGGGGACCUGAAACAGCAGCUGCAGAGCCACCAGAGAAGUCACAGGACGAUUCAGGAAGUGACCGAGUGGCUGCAAGAUGGGGACAGCCAGCCCAAUGCUGUGAAAGAGGAAGAGGAGGAUGGUGUACUGCAGAACGUUCUUGUCCAAGUUAAAGAAGAAGAAGAUGCAGAUGGUGGAUAUCCAUGUAGUCAUCCUGAAAUGGCAGGAAAAGGAUCACAACAGUCAUUUUCCGCAAUCUGCAAAUCCCCGGGCAUCCCUGAGACAGAAGUGGAUAGUGGAAGCCCAUCUAAGCAUCAUGAGGAUAUUCACGCUGUAUACAAUGCCAAUCUCGACGACACAGUACACGAUGCCAACCCCGAUGGCACAGUAGACAAUGCCGACCUCGAGCAAGACCAGCACACACGCAUGGGAAGGACGGCCUACCAUUGUACUGGUUGUGGCGAAUAUUUUCUGGAUGCACAGACGCUCGCCACACAUAAACACAUUCACACACGAGAGAAGCCCUAUCACUGUACACUAUGCGGCAAGACAUUCUCCCAGUUAGGAAAUCUCACGACACACCUGCGCACGCACACAGGAGAGAAACCUUACCGGUGCAAGCAUUGUGGGAAGUCGUUUGCACACUCGUUUGCGGCCAAGCGCCACCAGCUAAUCCACAAUGAGAGGACAGGAAGAGGAUUGCUACACAAGCUGUCUCACACCGGAGAGAACAGUCUCACCAUACACAAGCUGACCCACACUGGAGAGAACAGUCUUACCGUACGGAAGCUGUCCCACACUGCAGAGAAUAGUCUGGCCAUACACAAACUGGCUCACACCGGAGAGAAGCCCUAUCACUGUACACAGUGCGAAAAGAGUUUUUCCCAGUUAGGAAAGCUGAAGAAACACCUGCGCACUCACACGGGAGAAAAGCCCUACCACUGUGCCCACUGCGGUAGAAGCUUCUUGAACGCUCAACAGCUCAUCAUACACGAGCGCAUCCACACAGGAGAGAAGCCCUACCACUGUACAGAGUGCAGCGCAAAGUUUUCCCAAAUAGGAAAUCUCAAAACACACCUACGCACUCACACAGGGGAAAAGCCGUACCGCUGUGGACAGUGUGGGAAGUCGUUUGCACAGUCGUUUGCGGCCAAACGGCACCAGCGUCUUCACGAGGAGAGGGACCGCCUCAAUGCGCAGGGAGAGGCCCAGAAUGACUUCUAAAGUACUUCUAUAACUGGUAUGAUACUGUAUAUUCUAUAAUAGGUAAGAUAUUACAGACACUUUCACAGCAAGAAAAAAACAUGCACAUCUUACCACUGCAUAAAAAGUGCAGUUAGGUAAUUUCAGAUCCAUCAGUCAAGACCAGCUUACUCAAGGAGAGAGGCCCUACUUUGGACAGUGUGGAAGUAUUAUAUCAAAUAGAAGCCAGGACAUUCGCACAGAAGACAAGACCUACCGCAGCAAACGGUACCACUCAGAAUCAAAUGUUAAUUAUGUCAUUUUUUCAAAAUGUUAAUUAAGUUAAGUUAAUUAAUUACAUAAUUGUAGUGUACUGUGCCUUGGUAACUACAGUCAUUGGAAAACGUCUAUACACCCUUUCUUACAUUUCUGUCAAAAGUGGUUAUAAGACAUGGUCUGAUCU